AUGAAGAACUUUCUCUCUAUCUCUGUCCCCAGUUUUUGGACUUGUAUUUUCAACCCCAAGUGUUUAUUCAUCGUGUGCAACGUCAUCGUUGUUUUCCUUGUGGGAGAAUCAAAGUUUUUCGGUUCCGCUAAGUCGUCCGAUCCGGCUACUGAAGUUUACCAACAGUGCUUAGAAAGAAGUAAGAGUAGUGAUAGUAUUCAGAAAAUAAGUAGUAUAAAAGAGAAGAUGAUGAUUCACCAAGAGUUGAAACCAGAGUCUUCUUUCAUGGAAGAGGUUGAUGUCACAAGUGUAGUAAGUGAUCAUGUCCGAGAAGAAAAAGUGAUGAAACGACAGGAGGAACCUCAUGCAAUGGCACAGAGUUGUUAUCCCUUGCCUGCGGAUGAGGAGUUAAACCAAAGGGUGGAGAACUUCAUUGCAAGGGUGAAGAAACAAAGAAAGCUUGAAACAGGAGUUCUUGUUUAUUGCAAUUAG